GCAGAAACCUACUGCCGACCUUCUAUGGUCCAGCGCUAUACUUGGCGUCCUGAGAAGAUUUCAGCUCGGUCAUACUGUGCCUACCAUCAUGAGCCUGCUGGCCAUGGACUUCCCGAACCUGGACACAGCAAAGGGAGCUAUCGAGCCCCACCGGGGAUGCCAUGUCGACGUCCGUUCACAGUAUAUGGUCCCUGCUGUGGACAAGUCUGGACUGGCGAGCAAGAGCAACAACAUCUCAGUUCCAACCAGCUACCAAACAAAAAACUCUUGCUACACUCUUUCUUCUCUGCGAUUCAAUAUGCGCUCUGUCACUUUCAUAGUCGGCCUUGCAGCACUUGCUGUAGCCUCUGCUGCACCCCAAGUCUUUGAUCCCGAACAGCUCGCCGACCUUCCUGCUCNNCCCCCUGUCUCUGAUGUUCCUAUCGGAGCUGGUACCGAGAUCAUCCCUUUGGAUGUGAACGCUGCCGUAGCUAGUGCUGUCGCCGCUAUCAUUGCCGACCCAUCUCCUGACAUCGACGCCAGCAUUCCAGCUGCCAUUACCAAGAGGUCUCCCAGAGGAAAGGCAAGACGUACUACUGGCACCUGUGCAGCCCAACCUGCGGGCUACGGUCCUCCAGUCUUCCCAGACACCGCGGAUGCCUUCCAGAAUGAUCCUGACUUCGCAUACGCGGCUAACAGCGCCCAACCCCCAUCUGGGUAUGAUGUUCAGUUCACCAACAAAUGGGCUUCAGUCAGUGCUUGCAGCUACCAGGGCUACAAGACCUACAAGACCUACGAUGUCAACAAAGCAGCCACCGAUUGCAACAACAUCAAAGGUUGCAAGGGAUUCAACAUUUUCUUCGAGCGUGAUCCUACUCAGGCAAGUGUCAAGGUCUCUCAUGACCCUGGUCUUGGCUGUGAUAACCCUGCAAGUACCACAGUGAUCAAGGCUUCUUUCUGGGGCAAUGUUAUUACUUCUGCCUCUGCCACUAACAAGGGACAAUACCGAUCCAACUUCCAAGUAGUCAUUGCCGGCUCUAACGCCUACAAUGUCAAGCAAUGCAGAACCGAUGUAUAUGGCUGGACUCAGACUCAGCUUGGCGACUGCUCCAUCAAUGCUCCCGCUACCCCCUGCGCCCCGGACGGCAAAGACGCAUACCUCACCAUGCAGACUUUCAGCGACGGCAACUUCGACAACAACCGCUGCAAGGCUCAAUGUGAUAUCAUCACCGGCCAGAGCUCGGACACGCCCUGCAACUUCUUCACCUCUUACAUGUCAGUCACGGAGGGCAAGUGCGGUAUCCAGGUGUGCGCUUUCUACAAGCGUGCCUUUGACCCGAGCUACUGCACCAACAAGGGCGAUCCGGUCAAUAAGAUUACCAACAAAUGGGCUUCAUCUUUCACCAAGAACGGCAACAAUGGCGCAGACAUUUGUCCCAGCAGCGCUCCCAAUUACUUCCGUCGU